AUGCGGCUCAACAUUACUACUGGGAAGGAGAAGCAUAGCGAAUCAUGCACAUCGAUAGCUGUAUCCCUUUCGGGAUACGUUAUUAGUGGUAGCGAUGAUUUCACCGUGAGGCGUUGGAAUAUUAAUGGUGAGGCUCUUGGUAUUGUCAAGCAAUUUGACAGCUGUGUAACUUUGUUGACCUGGGUUCCAACGUCUGGCGGCCUGCGACGUGGACGUGGUGAUCCAAAGGGUAAAGAUACUUGUCUUGUCGCUUGUGCAGAUGGUAUUGUUUCUUUUGUGAACGUUGCCAGUAGUCGUGUGGAGUCUACUAUAGAGGCUCAUGUUGGUAAUGUGACUGGUCUUGUGUAUUCCCCCGAUGGGAGUUCACUCAUCACUGCAGGUGAGGACGGGACUGUUAAGGUAUGGUCCCAGGCGGGAAUCUCUCGCUCCACCCUAGCAAACACUGGAAAGCGUAUCUAUACUUUAUGUUGGGGCUACGAGAAGACAGAACUAGGGGGUGACUGUGUGCUGUAUACGGUUGGUUCAGAUGUUAUUAUUAAGCCUUUUAAUCCUUCUAUUAGAAAGCAAAUUAAGUGGUGCGCUCACAGUGGUGUUGUACUAGCAUCUGACUGGUCUCUUAUGAGUGGUUUAAUUGUCACUGGGGGUGAGGAUGGUGUGUUCAAGGUCUGGGAUCCAUGCGGACACGCUAUUUACACUUCUUCUAUCGGUAAACAUCCCAUCACUUCUGUCAAAUUUUCUGCGGAUGGGGAACUUUUUGGAGUGGGGUCGUUUAAAAGUCUACGUGUCUGCGACAUGUCAGGUUGGAGCCACAGCUACGAACGGAUCUCAGAAGGUAGUGCUAUGUCUAUUCAGUGGACACCUGAAGGAACACAGCUCAUUGUGGGUUGUGGCACCGGCGCUGUUUGCAUUGCGCAGCUUAUCGACCGAAAGGUCACAUGGGGCCCCUACUGUGCUACACUAGUGGACAGUCACAAAUUGACAGUGCAAAACAUUGCUGAGGACACCGUCGAGAAACUCGAACUGCGUGACAAAGUGAUAAAGCUUGAUAUUGGCUAUGAGCAUAUUAUUGUGUGUACUACUACCUACUGUGCAUGUUACCCUGUGAAGCGUCUUCAUGCAUCCGUGCAGUUUGACUUGGGUGACUCUGUAGUAACGCUGAAGCUUGCCCCAUCCCUGUUUUUGCUUGCUGAUUGCAACCAAGGGAUUCAGCUUCACUCGUACGAAGGCCGCAUGAUAUGUGCGCUACGGCUACAGACAGCUUUAAAGCCGGAGAACAUGGCUUCUGAUCUCAUCUCGCUGUCAAACGAUACCGUUGCAAUGCGCGAUCCUGUGGACCACACGAGGCUCUUCUUUUUUUCGACUGCGAAUGGUAAGCAGCUUGACGAGUUUAUGGUGACCCACCAAGUUGACAUUGUUUCAGUUCAUCUUUCGCUGUUUGGGUUAGCUCAUGAUCGCAAAGUUGCUUUUGUGGACCGAAACAGAGACCUCUUCUUGGGCCUUGUCCAGCACAAGGUUAGCAUGCAAAAGAUCAGUACCAUGGUUUCCAGUGUCGUCUGGCAUGAGAUACAUGAGACGCUUGUCGCUAUUGCAGAUGGUCACUUAACGACUUUCUACUGCCCUUGUAUGUACUUUAGCAAUCUCGAUCUUGCCUUAAAUACCAAGGAGGUCCUUGAUGAAGGCAGUGACGAGUUCAACCGGAAUGAUCGUAUCGCCAGCUUUCAUAGCACACGAGUUCAGAUACGACGCGGCAGCGAUGGCGCCUUGCUAACCCUUUCCGUUUCACCUUAUCCCAUUAUUCUCUUCCAAUUUGUAGAGAAGAGUAAUUGGGAAGGUGCCAUGCGUCUUGCCCGUUUUCUCAAUAGUGAGCUACUCUGGACUGUGCUUACUGGUCUUGCUCUGAGUAAGGGUGAAUUAAGCGUGGCUGAGACGGGUUAUGGUGCUCUACGUCAUCUCGACAAGGUUCGCUACCUUCAUUCGCUCAAGGAAAAUCCAUUGCCUGAAGCUCGCCAGAUGGGUCUGGCGCUGUUCCAGCAUCGACCGACUGAGGCCGAACGGAUCUUGCUCCAGGCGGGGCUUGUGUACCGUUGUAUUGAUAUGAACACACAACUCUUUAACUGGGAGCGCGCCCUUGAAAUUGCGAAGGAUCGAAAGUCACAUAUUGAUACAGUUAUGCUAAGACGUCAAAAGUAUUUGGAAGAUACUGGCAAAAAGGAAACUAUUUCUGCUUUCACAGACCUAGAGGGGCUUAUCACAGUGGAUCCGAGUGUAGUUGAGGAAAGAGUUAAACAAGAGCUUGCAAAAGAGGCAGCGCGCACCAAUGCAGUACCGUAUAAGUAA